AUGAAGGUCUUAGGUCCCAAAGAUACAAACGUGUACCGUUCAAAGACUCCUAGUCAGCUAAAGAUUGGGAAAAAAAGGCCAGCGACCGCCAGAAAACAUUUGGUUCGAGAAUUGAAGCAUGAAGGUAUCAAACCCCAUGUGGUUACUAACUCGUCGAGCGGCAUGGCCCCGGAAAAUAUUCGCGAGCCUUUGCCUGUGUCACUGCUCGAAGCAGCAAAUGAUGUCGAAAAUAAAGAGCUGGAGCGGCUUCCAACCCCGGAAUUGCUGACGCAAUAUGCUUUGGAUCAAAUCCAAUUUGUUUUGUGUGAACGAGAGAUGGAAACAGCACCGUGUGGCCACCCGUUUUGUCAAAAGCUGAGAACUGUUAAAUUGUCCCUACCAGAGCUCAGAAAUUUACUUCUUUUCGAACUCGAGAUGAUACCCGAGCAAUUUCGAGCAGAAAUGACUAGCCUUCGCGGCGGAUGUUAUUGCAAACAAGUUUAUAAUCAAUUGUGGCCAGACUGGAAAACUCCUUCGAAGAGCAACCCGGAAGACAACAAACCCACAAAUUGCGAAGGUUUCCCUAUAGGACAGCUAUUCAUUGGCGAACCAAUAUCCCAGUCACAAUUCCAGGCAAUAUUUCCCAUAAAAACCAGCGACAGAGUUCGCAGUAGGAGAAAAGCUAUGCCACGUUCUCUUUUAGCGCAAAGAAACCAGACCUCAGUUUUUGAUGAGCCUUUUAACCCCACAGACCUCUUAAAAGAUUCUUCUUCGAUUUCCUUGUCCACAUACGGGCAUCGAUUCGAUCAGUACCCUGACGACUCACGUCGUCGCAACAGAUUAAAUUGCAUUUUGGGUAGAGAGAUACGAAAACCUCAUGAAAUGAAGCCAUCAUCGUCAAAGGAAAAUGCUUAA